AUGGAGGCCGAGGAAGAGUGGAACAAAGACCCGAGUGCUCACAAACUGCUGGAUAAAAAGGUGCCAUGCAAGCACAGUGGAAGAAACGGUAAGACCUGCGACUCCAUGUCUUCUCACUUAUAUAUAAAUAAGAGGAACACUCCCCCUCUCAUUAAGACACCUCCGUGGCUGUGAGUUUAGUACAAGGUGACCUCUCUCUCUCUCUCUCUCUUUUGUUCAGGUAUAGUGAAAACUCUUCAUAGCCUGUUGAAAACCCACAACACUCUGCAGAUUCAGUCCAUCACCCGCUCAGAAUGUGCUGGUAGGUCAAAUCCUGCAUGAAACAUUUAAUAGUUAAAUAUUAAGGUGGAAGAAAUUGGGAUGUGAUAUGAAAAUUUAACAUCACGAUUAUUGUGACCAAAAUUAUCCGGGUUAUCAACAUUAUCACGGUAUUGAAAUAUGUUCAAAAUGUUUGUAAAGUACCUAUACAUGCCCUGAAAUCAUUUAACAAAGUUUUAUUUUGAAUAAACAAUCAAAAUAACUUGCAUAAUGAACUUUUCCUGAACCUUAAAUAACAGAGGAACGAUAAGAUUAAAAAAUUAAAUGUGGGGCCUUGAAGAGCCAGAGGUAAUCAACACUAGUACUAGUAAUAACAAAGUACAAAGUAAUGUGCCAGUGGCAUAAACAUUAACAUAAUAACAAAUGAAUACAAUUUAAAUAAAAUGACAUUCCUUAUUGUGCAAGUUGUAAGAAUCUUCAGUGCUCAAAAAGAUCGACUCUCACAAAUCUAAAACAGCACAACACUACAGACAAAACUAAAGAAACUAGAGAUUAGUUUAACAUUUUAUGAACAUGCAAAGUAAAUAACAAAGCAAAUUGAAUAAGAUAAACAUAAAAAACUUAUAAAAACCAUCUUAUCUCCACGAUAUAACACAGUAAACUUCAAUCAAUCAAUCAAUCAAUCAUAACUCAUCCACUGUGGCUGUCGUGUCCUGAUCUGGCUGUCCUUCUCUGUGCCGCAGGCUCCUGUCCAAACCUGAUGAUGAGUAGAAGCGAGCAAGCCGAUGCGAGGCCCGUCCCCGUGGCCCUCACCCCCCAGCUCCCCCCCAGGGCUCACCGGCCCCUCUGCAUGUCGAUCUCCUCCGACAGCAGCGGACGCUUCAAGGCUCUGGAGACGCAGGAAUGGAAGAACAACCUCAAAGCUCAGGUACGCCCGAACAUACACCUCCUGCUGAGCUCCUGCUCCGUCCUGAUAAUCCCUCUGAAAAUUAGGAACAGUUAAAAAGUCAAUUGUCUGCAUCCACGGAUAUGAACAUUUCUUUUAUUAGCCAAAAUAGUGAUGCAGGAAUUCUUCGUCGACGUAGUGUUUACAAUUUGGUUUUGUAGAAAAUUUUGAAAUGCUGGAAACAGAAAGCAAAUGCACUUAAAGUUUCCAUGUGUUCAACCUGAGAGGACUGGAUCAGAGACCAGUAAAGAUGUGAAAGGUCGGUUUAGUCACAUGUCAGCUGUGUGUCUGUUUCAGAUGGAGCAGGCCCACAGUGCAGGAGCUGCCAGCAGCACCGGCUCUCUGGAACGAGCGUCUUUAUUCUGCGCCUCGGCCUCCACCACGGCGUCCAGCUCCGGCCUGUCGAGCCCGGUGGAGAUCCUCAACAAGAGCAAAUCCUCCAGCCGCUUCUCCCUCUUCUCUCCGCCCUGGAACAGCAGCUCCGAGUCUGACUCCAACCCGCCUUCUCGCUCGGGCUCCAAGAAGCUGCGUAACUACAGCCGGAGAGCCGCCACGGGACCAGCUGGCGCCAGAGGGCCCGAUACACCAGAGCCCAAACCAAGCGGCCCUGAACAUUUCCAGUACUCUGAGCCCGUCAUCUCCAAGGUUACAGACUACAUCUAUGUCGGCAACCUGAACGCAGCGUACAACGGGCGCACGCUGUGCCGCAACAACAUCGACAGCAUCAUCGACAUGAGCAGUGCGCCAGGAGAACCGGGCCCAAGCCUCAGCCUCAUACCCUGCACCUGCUCUCGCGGCGCCCGCCACAGCUGGUCCCGCCUCAAAGUGGACAUCGAAGACGUGCCGGCCGCUCUGGGUGAGGGGCCGGCCUUAAAGCAGCGCUGCUUCGAGGACAUCAACGAGUGCAUCGACGCAUCCACCGGCAAGAGGAAGCGCGUCCUGGUCCACUGCCGAGACGGCUUCUCUCUGGCGCCGACAUGCAUCAUCCAGUACCUGAUGGUGAAGCAGAACAUGAGGCUCAUCGCCGCCUACGAGCUGCUGAGGGCGAAGUACCCGGUCAACAUCAGGGAGUGCCACCAGAACGUGUUGGUGAGUCUGGAGAGGGCGCUGCGGCCCGGAGGAAACGUGGACCCUGAGUGCUUCAAACAGGCCAUAUCUCGGAAAGUGGCGUGGACCUGA